UGACUUCAUGCAGCAAAAGUGAAAGUAAAGACAGACUGGGAAACAGUUAGGGCGGAAAGUUAAAGACAGAAAGGAGAAGAACUGUCUAAAAUAUGACUGAGGAAUAGAAACUGUCUGUGACCCUGAGCCACACAGGACAAUCAGGUGAGCUGAUGGAGUCCAUCAUAAGUGGAGACUAUGAGGCUUAUGUAUGAUUGAAGUUGGUCUGUGUGCAGGACAUACAGAAGUCAGGACAUGGCUUGUACAUCACAGUCUGCUGUAGAUUACAUCCAGCAGGCCAGAGUCCAUCUUGUAAGAGAAUUAAGGAGCCUCUCUGUGAUUAUAGAGAACUUGUAUCAGCAAGAAGUUCUCAGUGAUGAAGAGGUCAGUAAAAUCCAGGCAGAGACUGAUGACUACGAUAAAACCAGAAAAAUACUGGACUCAGUCAUUAAAAAAGGGGAACAGGCCUGUUAUGUGUUACUCAGGAUUAUUGACAUGACGAGGAAGAGGACGUUAGGGAGGUCGUCCCUCUUCCCUGAGAAAAAGAGUGAAGCUUCUACUGGGACCAAGAAGUUUGACCUGCACCACUGGAUCAGCUGCUUUUCUUUCAAGGAAGACACACACAUGGAUGUUAACUAUUUACAAGGUCCGAGGCCGUGCCACAGAUAUCAGAGAAAGCUGAAGUCAAAAGCACAAAAAAUAUCAAAUAAGUUUUGGAUGGCAAACAAAAAUCUGUUUGAAGAGAGAAACAGGCCUGAUCUGUCAUACACACCACUUGUAUUAGAGGAACAAGGAAACGUUUCUCCUUCUAAAAUAAAGAAAUUGAAGAGCAAGAAAAGCAAGAUGAGUCGUCCUAAAAAGCUGAGGACGUACAUCCCAGAAGACAAACCAGAGAUUUCCCCCAGUGACCUGCUGAAAACAGAUAAAGACUAUGUCUUGGUUGGGAAACCUGGGAUUGGAAAGACAGCACUGACCCAUGAAAUGUUGAAACUCUGGGCAGAAAGAGACGGUGAGGAGCUGGAUUACAUGUUUUACUUUGACAUGAGAGAAACAUCUGACUUGAUGAAGGCCACGAGCCUGGAGGAUCUUCUUUUCAGUGUGUUCAGUGAACCAGAUGAAGGUAAAGAAGAGGUCUUAGAUGAUAUAAAGAAGAACUCAGACAACGUUACAAUAAUUUUUGAUGGAAUCACAGAUCUCUCUUCAUCUGUGGUGAAGAGACUUGUAGAUAAAGACCUGCUACCUGACGCAAAAAUCAUCAUAACGUGUCGACCAGAUGAUGAAGAAGACUUCUUUUCUAGAGACUUUCGCAGAGUGGAGGUGAAAGGCUUCAGUGAGUGGUCCAUAAAAACAUAUUUAUCUGUGACUCUCGGCGAAGAACAGAAGAAAGUUUUAAACAACUUGGAGUUGUUGACUCUUUGCCACGUCCCGAUGUACGCACUGAUGGUGUCUGUCUGCUUCUCAUCAGAAAUCUCUCCACAGCCGUGCACUACAACUGAAAUAUACAUUAAUAUUGUUCGUCUCUGUCUUAAGAUGAACAGCAAUAAAAAAAAAACCAAAUGUCUAAAUUUCUACAUCAACAACAAGAGGGAGCAAAUUCUGUCUUUGGCUGAGGCUGCUUUUAAUGCAGCUGAAAGAAAAACUGUGAUCUUGACAGACCUGUCCUGUGAAGACAGCUGUGUCCUUUCCUUCCUGAAACCUCUGUUUAUCAAAGUUGCCCACACUGAGACAAUCACCGCAUAUUCAUUUCUCCAUUACACAAUGCAGGAGUUCUUUGCAGCACUGUGGCUCCUGAAGAAUCCAGAUAAAGUUCAGGAUGUUUUUCAGCAAAGCCUGACUGAGGAGAUGAAACACAUGAGACAUCUGAUCCCUUUCAUGUGCAGACUGUUGAAUGAGAAGAACCCGAGUUUGAUGACGUGUCUGAUUCCAGCUGAGGAGCUCAGGAGUACAUCAGAUGGGUUCUUUAAGGAGCUGAUCAACAAGGACAGAGGGUCUGAUGUGGACAUACUGUUCUUAUGUCAGUGCUUGUAUGAGUCCCAGUGUCCUGAAGCCUGCAGCGACCUUUUGAACACACUGGACUACAGUCUGGAUCUCAGUGAACAGAGUCUGGAUCCUUACUCCUGCUGUGCUGUGGCCUACGUGGUCUCUCAGUCCAAGGAGAGGAAAAUCCAUCUGGACCUUGAAAAUGUCGUGAUAUCAGAACAAGGAAUGAGGCGACUGAUUGGCUGCCUUCAACGUGUCCAAUGGUGUGACCCUCUGCCACGGCAGCUGUGGAAGAUUUUCCUUCUCAGUGAAGAGCAGAUGGACCACAGCAGCUUACUGGGCGUUGAUGGGAAUCAGCUGCACCUUCCAGUUGAGGGUAAAAAGCAGCUGUUUGAAGGAGCAGUGAAGGUCAUGCAGAAGGUCACUACCAAGGUUAAUGUGUGCCUCUACUGGGACAGGCCGACUCCUGUCUGUCAACACCUCUGUGAGUCUCUAUUCGAGGGUUUGCUGCACAUCAGUUCACUCAGCUUCAGGGUGACCCACAGAGAUCCAGGAUCAGAGGACCAGGAGCGACACCACGAGACACUGAGGAGGGAAAAAAAGAGACUGUUACUGGAACUGUGCCUGAAGGCAGCACUUCACAAAGAAGAAAGCUUUCACAGUGUAGUGAAGAGGCUCUUCUCAUUGUUCUCUGUCAACACUGACUUAAUCAACAUCCUUCUGGAUUUUUAUCAACAUGUUAAGAGUGAGGGCUGUUCAAGUGUCAUUCCAAAACUGAGGUCAGUUUUCCAGUCAGCUCCUUCAGUCUGGAUCAUAGACCUCUCAGAGAGAAAGACCUCCAUCCUCCUGGAAGUGUUGAAACUCCAACCAGAGAAGAAACAAGUGGAGCUGACAGGCUGGUCAGAUGAAGAGAGUGAAGUGAGGAGUCUCCUACAGUGUCUGCCGUAUAUCUCACAGCUCAGUUUCGUGUCUCAGUCUUCAGAUCCUUCAGAUGAAGCCAGGUUCUUUGGGAAUCUGUUCUGUGCAGCAGCAGAGAGAGAACAGCAGACAGGAGAGAAGAUACUGGAGCUGUUAUCAUCAGUCUGCACAUAUCAAACAUUCCCUUUGAAUGACAGAGACAUGGAUGAUGAUGAUGAUUAUGAUCCAGAAUAUCAGUGUGAUUUCCUGCUGGAUCUUUGCUCCCAUGUGAAAGACUAUGAGACUAAAACAGGCCUGAGAGUCCUUCCAUCAUUACAGUCAGUUUUCCAGUCAGCUCCUUCAGUCUGGUUCAUAGACCCCUCAAAGAGAAAGACCUCCAUCCUCCUGGAAGUGUUGAAACUCCAACCAGAGAAGAAACAAGUGGAGCUGACAGGCUGUUCAGAUGAAGAGAGUGAAGUGAGGAGUCUCCUACAGUGUCUGCCGUAUAUCUCACAGCUCAGUUUCUCUCCCUGGUUUAAAGUCUUGAAUCAAACCAGGUUCUUUGGGAAUCUGUUCUGUGCAGCAGCAGAGAGAGAACAGCAGACAGGAGAGAAGAUACUGGAGAUGUUAUCAUCAGUCUGCACAUAUCAAACAUUCCCUUUGAAUGACAGCUAUUUUGACGACGACGAUGAUGAUCUGAAAUAUCAGUGUGAUUUCCUGCUGGAUCUUUUCUCCCAUGUGAAGGACGAUGAGACUAAAACAGGUCUGAGAGUCCUUCCAGUGUUCCAGUCAGUUUUCCAGUCAGCUCCUUCAGUCUGGAUCAUAGACCUCUCAAAGAGAAAGACCUCCAUCCUCCUGGAAGUGUUGAAACUCCAACCAGAGAAGAAACAAGUGGAGCUGACAGGCUGUUCAGAUGAAGAGAGUGAAGUGAGGAGUCUCCUACAGUGUCUGCCGUAUAUCUCACAGCUCAGUUUCGUGUCUCAGUCUUCAGAUCCUUCAGAUGAAGCCAGGUUCUUUGGGAAUCUGUUCUGUGCAGCAGCAGAGAGAGAACAGCAGACAGGAGAGAAGAUACUGGAGCUGUUAUCAUCAGUCUGCACAUAUCAAACAUUCCCUUUGAAUGACAGAGACAUGGAUGAUGAUGAUGAUUAUGAUCCAGAAUAUCAGUGUGAUUUCCUGCUGGAUCUUUGCUCCCAUGUGAAAGACUAUGAGACUAAAACAGGCCUGAGAGUCCUUCCAUCAUUACAGUCAGUUUUCCAGUCAGCUCCUUCAGUCUGGUUCAUAGACCCCUCAAAGAGAAAGACCUCCAUCCUCCUGGAAGUGUUGAAACUCCAACCAGAGAAGAAACAAGUGGAGCUGACAGGCUGUUCAGAUGAAGAGAGUGAAGUGAGGAGUCUCCUACAGUGUCUGCCGUAUAUCUCACAGCUCAGUUUCUCUCCCUGGUUUAAAGUCUUGAAUCAAACCAGGUUCUUUGGGAAUCUGUUCUGUGCAGCAGCAGAGAGAGAACAGCAGACAGGAGAGAAGAUACUGGAGAUGUUAUCAUCAGUCUGCACAUAUCAAACAUUCCCUUUGAAUGACAGCUAUUUUGACGACGACGAUGAUGAUCUGAAAUAUCAGUGUGAUUUCCUGCUGGAUCUUUUCUCCCAUGUGAAGGACGAUGAGACUAAAACAGGUCUGAGAGUCCUUCCAGUGUUCCAGUCAGUUUUCCAGUCAGCUCCUUCAGUCUGGAUCAUAGACCUCUCAAAGAGAAAGACCUCCAUCCUCCUGGAAGUGUUGAAACUCCAACCAGAGAAGAAACAAGUGGAGCUGACAGGCUGUUCAGAUGAAGAGAGUGAAGUGAGGAGUCUCCUACAGUGUCUGCCGUAUAUCUCACAGCUCAGUUUCGUGUCUCAGUCUUCAGAUCCUUCAGAUGAAGCCAGGUUCUUUGGGAAUCUGUUCUGUGCAGCAGCAGAGAGAGAACAGCAGACAGGAGAGAAGAUACUGGAGCUGUUAUCAUCAGUCUGCACAUAUCAAACAUUCCCUUUGAAUGACAGAGACAUGGAUGAUGAUGAUGAUUAUGAUCCAGAAUAUCAGUGUGAUUUCCUGCUGGAUCUUUGCUCCCAUGUGAAAGACUAUGAGACUAAAACAGGCCUGAGAGUCCUUCCAUCAUUACAGUCAGUUUUCCAGUCAGCUCCUUCAGUCUGGUUCAUAGACCCCUCAAAGAGAAAGACCUCCAUCCUCCUGGAAGUGUUGAAACUCCAACCAGAGAAGAAACAAGUGGAGCUGACAGGCUGUUCAGAUGAAGAGAGUGAAGUGAGGAGUCUCCUACAGUGUCUGCCGUAUAUCUCACAGCUCAGUUUCUCUCCCUGGUUUAAAGUCUUGAAUCAAACCAGGUUCUUUGGGAAUCUGUUCUGUGCAGCAGCAGAGAGAGAACAGCAGACAGGAGAGAAGAUACUGGAGAUGUUAUCAUCAGUCUGCACAUAUCAAACAUUCCCUUUGAAUGACAGCUAUUUUGACGACGACGAUGAUGAUCUGAAAUAUCAGUGUGAUUUCCUGCUGGAUCUUUUCUCCCAUGUGAAGGACGAUGAGACUAAAACAGGUCUGAGAGUCCUUCCAGUGUUCCAGUCAGUUUUCCAGUCAGCUCCUUCAGUCUGGAUCAUAGACCUCUCAAAGAGAAAGACCUCCAUCCUCCUGGAAGUGUUGAAACUCCAACCAGAGAAGAAACAAGUGGAGCUGACAGGCUGUUCAGAUGAAGAGAGUGAAGUGAGGAGUCUCCUACAGUGUCUGCCGUAUAUCUCACAGCUCAGUUUCGUGUCUCAGUCUUCAGAUCCUUCAGAUGAAGCCAGGUUCUUUGGGAAUCUGUUCUGUGCAGCAGCAGAGAGAGAACAGCAGACAGGAGAGAAGAUACUGGAGCUGUUAUCAUCAGUCUGCACAUAUCAAACAUUCCCUUUGAAUGACAGAGACAUGGAUGAUGAUGAUGAUUAUGAUCCAGAAUAUCAGUGUGAUUUCCUGCUGGAUCUUUGCUCCCAUGUGAAAGACUAUGAGACUAAAACAGGCCUGAGAGUCCUUCCAUCAUUACAGUCAGUUUUCCAGUCAGCUCCUUCAGUCUGGUUCAUAGACCCCUCAAAGAGAAAGACCUCCAUCCUCCUGGAAGUGUUGAAACUCCAACCAGAGAAGAAACAAGUGGAGCUGACAGGCUGUUCAGAUGAAGAGAGUGAAGUGAGGAGUCUCCUACAGUGUCUGCCGUAUAUCUCACAGCUCAGUUUCUCUCCCUGGUUUAAAGUCUUGAAUCAAACCAGGUUCUUUGGGAAUCUGUUCUGUGCAGCAGCAGAGAGAGAACAGCAGACAGGAGAGAAGAUACUGGAGAUGUUAUCAUCAGUCUGCACAUAUCAAACAUUCCCUUUGAAUGACAGAGACAUGGAUGAUGAUGAUCCAGAAUAUCAGUGUGAUUUCCUUCUGGAUGUUUUCUCCCAUGUGAAGGACUAUGAGACUAAAACAGGCCUGAGAGUCCUUCCAUCAUUACAGUCAGUUUUCCAGUCAGCUCCUCCAGUCUGGUUCAUAGACCCCUCAAAGAGAAAGACCUCCAUCCUCCUGGAAGUGUUGAAACUCCAACCAGAGAAGAAACGAGUGGAGCUGACAGGCUGUUCAGAUGAAGAGAGUGAAGUGAGGAGUCUCCUACAGUGUCUGCCGUAUAUCUCACAGCUCAGUUUCGUGUCUCAGUCUUCAGAUCCUUCAGAUGAAGCCAGGUUCUUUGGGAAUCUGUUCUGUGCAGCAGCAGAGAGAGAACAGCAGACAGGAGAGAAGAUACUGGAGCUGUUAUCAUCAGUCUGCACAUAUCAAACAUUCCAUCUGAAUGACAGAGACAUGGAUGAUGAUGAUGAUUAUGAUCCAGAAUAUCAGUGUGAUUUCCUUCUGGAUCUUUUCUCCCAUGUGAAGGACUAUGAGACUAAAACAGGUCUGAGAGUCCUUCCAUCAUUACAGUCAGUGUUCCAGUCAGUUUUCCAGUCAGCUCCUCCAGUCUGGUUCAUAGACCUCUCAGAGAGAAAGACCUCCAUCCUCCUGGAAGUGUUGAAACUCCAACCAGAGAAGAAACGAGUGGAGCUGACAGGCUGGUCAGAUGAAGAGAGUGAAGUGAGGAGUCUCCUACAGUGUCUGCCGUAUAUCUCACAGCUCAGGCUGUCCAGCCACAUGGUCUUGCAGCUGUUUCACUGGGUCAGAAGAGGGAGGUUGUUCUGUCCGUUGGCUGUAGACGAGCUUUCUCUUGCCCCUGACAGAGCUCAGCUCUCAGACAGAGAACUGUUGAAGGUCGUCAGUGGUUUGGCGUCUCUGCUCAGAUACUGUGCAGUCAGACGUUUAGACCUGACUGAGUCCUGUUUCCCUGCUCAGUGUCUCAUUACUCUGCUGCUUCACCCUGGUUCUCUAACAAUCAGACUGAGUGAAGAGAGUUUCCAGCAGCUGCUGACCCUCCUCCAUGAGAUCCAGGACCAGGACCUGACGUUGUUCUUCUUGUCUAAGGUUGGUGGAGACCUGAACUGCUGCUGUGUGAACUGGGAGCUUCUUCACUAUCUGCUGCAGCAGCCGUCAGCUCAGACCAUCACUGUGAACCUGAGGAAGAACCACUUCUUACAGGAGAACGUCACACGUCUGCUUCCCUUUCUGGACAGGAUUUUAUUGAAAAGGUCCAGUCCCAGCUUUGUGUUGGCCGCUAUCAGAGAGAUCUAUAAAGCUCAGACCAGUCAGAUUAUACCCAGUUUACAGAGGUCAUUGGGUCAUGUGAUCAACCUGACCUGCAGAGAGCUGGACUCAGAGGACUGUGCUGCUCUGCUCUUCACCCUCAGACAUAGUGACAGAGUUAAACUGAACCUGACGUGGACCUCCAUACCCACAGAGGAAACACAGUCCAUCCUCUGUUCUCUGGACAGAGUUUCUCAGCUCAGUGUCGACAGGAAUCUGCUGCUGAGGUUCAUCCACUGCUGCGCUGCCUCUGACGUCCUGCAGGAGGCAGCAUCAGAUCUGUUCAGGACUCUCCAGCACAGGUUGGAUCUGUCCUGCUCCUCCUGUGUGGAGCUGGAGGAUCAGACUCAGACUCUGUGUCUGACCGGUGACGACUGCAGGGCCGUCCUGAGACACAGCACCCAGCUCUCACAGCUGGACCUGAGGGACUGUGAGGUGGAGGACAGCGGACUGGACCUGCUGUUUCCUGUCCUCCACAGAGUCCACCUCAGAGCCAGUAAAGCCGUUCUCCUCCAGCUGCUGUCUCUGGUUCCUGUGAACCCUGAGGGGGACUCAGUGAGACGGGCGGAGUCUCUGUGUGCAGCCCUGGGUGGAGAACUGGACCUCAGUCACACCACUCUGGAUCAGAGGGCCUGUGGAGCUUUGGCUCUGAUGCUGGACUUCUCUGAAGGACUGGAGGAGCUCAACCUCAGUCACUGUCAGCUCACCGACCAGCUGCUGCUCACACUCAUCACACACCUGCACAAAGUCCACGUCCUGGAUUUGAGUCACAACAAGAUCACUGAUGUUUCCACUGACAAGUUACUGCAGCUGGUCUGCAUCAACCCUUCCACUGUCACUGUGAGACUCUUCGGUAACAACAUCGUGGACAGAACAACCUUCAAGAAACACACGCAGUUUGAAAUAUGGUGAACCGGUCGUCAGUGAGGUGGUAACGUGAUCGUCAGGGAAUCAGACCGAUCAUGAGACGAUGAUGUUAUUGUAGAGCAGGUCAGAGUCAGUUUACAGCACGACUUACCUCUCGUUCUGAAGCUUCUGCUGAAGCAACGAUCAUGAUUAUUAUUUUGUUUUAUUGUGACAAAACAAACAGGCCUUAACUGUUCUCAGGGUUAUGAGCAGACCUCAUUUAUCUUUUACCUUUUUGUAUUUUAUGGUAACUAAUUUUUAACAUAAUGACAAAGUAAAGAUGUAGUAAUGGCACAAUCAGGAGAAACACAGGUUCAGUAUGUCAGGGUGACAGGAUGAAAAUAAUCUUAUAUUUAGAUAAUCAAGAGGAAGUCAUUUUCUCUCUUCUAUUUAAAUGAUGAUUUUCAGAGUUUUUCCUCAUUAAAAUACCUAAUUUACUGUAAA